AUGACGUCGCGCGCCGCCCCGCCGCCCAGCCGCGUCCUGUUCGCAGCGUCGAGAGCUGCCAAUACAGUUCUGUUUGGAGCCGGAAGCAACGCCGCCAGGCGCUCGGCAUCCGUCGUACCCCCGGGGGCGGGGACGACAGCUGCCCAGUAUGGCUCUCGACACGGAAACAGCUGCGUGGGCGUCGUGGCUCACGUGCAAACGCCCCAGAGAUGUUCCAAAGCGGGGCCUGGGGAUACAGGAGUCACACCUUGGGCUGUAACUACAAGGUUUCUACUCCUAGACAAUUACAGCUGGGGAAACACCCAGGACGGCUCUCCCUUGCCCCCUAGGGUCCCUGUGAGUCAGAAUCACCUCGAUGGCAACCACUUCCACAUGCAGGCCGAGUCGCUGGUAGGCCCACUGAUGCAGACCAUCGCCCACCAGCACUGGAAAGUCCGCGUGGCUGUUCUGGAGGCCACCGGCACUGUCGUCCAGUUUGGCACCGGGAAGUGCGUGGAUGACGUGCUCUCCCACCUGGCUCAGCGACUAUUUGACGAUGUCCCCCAGGUGCGGCAGGCAGUGGCCUCCGUGGUGGGAGCUUGGCUGCUGGAGCUACGGGACCGCUACUCCUUCUUCCACAAGCUCAUCCCACUGUUGCUGAGCGGCCUGGACGACGAGAUCCCCGAGAUCAGGCAGUCAGCCGCCAGCCUCUGGCAGCAGGUUGGUCUGCAGUGGCAGAAGGAGAACGAAGAGGACCUGAAGGACAAGCUGGACUUUGCCACCCCACCACCCCCUCACUACCCACAGCAAGGGAGCCGCCCUGGCCUGGGCUGCCGGGAGCUGGUCUUCAGGAACCUCUCCAAGAUCCUGCCGGGCUUGUGCAGGGACCUGGUUGACUGGGUGGCGGGCACUCGGGUCAAGGCCGCCCAGCUGCUGACCGUGCUGCUGCUGCACGCCGAGGACCACGCCACGCAGCACCUGGAGCCCCUGCUGCGGGCCCUGCAGCAGGCCUGCACCGACGAGGAGGCCGCCGUGGUCAGCAGUUGCACCAAGUCCGCAGAGCUCAUCGGAACCUUCGUCAGCCCUGAGGUGUUCCUGAAGCUGAUCUUGCCGCCACUGAGCAGGUGCCCCUCUGCGUCCGGCCUGUGCAUCCUGGCCGCCGUCCUCAGGGGCUGCCCUAGAGAAGCCCUGCACCCCCACCUGCAGAGCAUCGCCACAGAGCUGGCCCACACCCGAGUCUGCCAAGCAUCUGAGAACAAGCUGUACCUGCACUACCUGCUGCUCUGCGUGCGAGCCCUGCUGGCCGUGGGCCGAGAGGACUGCUCCGUGUGCAGCCUACCGCUCCUGCAGGUGCUGGUGGCCAUACUGGCCACGCCUGGCGCUGCAGACCUGGACCAGGAGGUACAGGAGGCGGUGAGCGCGCUGGCGGAGGCCGAGGGUGCCCAGGGGCCUCAGGACGUCUACCGGAAGCAUGUGGCCGCACUGAUGGAGACCAUGACGGCUUCGCAUGCCGACUGGACGGGACACUCACCAGAGCUCGCGCAGUUCGGCACACUCGUCACGCAAGCAGGCCCCGCCGUGGGAGAGGUCCUCCACCAUGUGAUGCCCACCCUCAGGAGCUGCCUGCAGCCCACUCGAGAUCCUCCAAUGCGCCUGAAGCUCCUCUCGCUUCUGCCCAGGCUGCUGCUCAGAGCGAGUGAGACGGUGGACUCAAGGGGGCAGCUCCACAGCCACCUCGAGACACUGGUGUCGGACAUCCUGGUCCCCAACCUGCAGUGGCACGCCGGGAGGACGGCUGCAGCCAUCCGCACGGCCACCAUGUCCUGCCUCUGGGCACUGCUCAGCUCUGGGGCCCUGUCGGCUGAGCAGAUCCUGGAGGCACAAGGGGCCCUGAUGCCACAGGUGCUGACCGUCCUGGAGGAGGAAUCUCCGACGGCCCGGCUGCUCUCCUGCCGCGUUACCAACCUCUUCCUGGAGACCGCGGGGGACCAGCGCGAGCCCGAGCAGCUCCUCAGGAUCUACCCAGAACUCCUAAAGCGGCUGGAUGAUGCCUCCAACGAGGUGCGGCUCACGGCUGCCACCACCCUGGCCACCUGGCUCAGGUGUGUGCGCAGGGACGACAGCAAGGCCUACUACCAGGGUGAUAUCCAGUACCUAUACCGGGAGCUGCUGGUGUACCUGGACGACCCAGAGCCUGCCGUCCAGGACGCCAUCCUAGAGGUGCUCAAGGCGGGCGCUGCCCUGUCCCCCGAGCUGCUGCUGGAGGAGACAGAGUCCGUCCUCCACAAGCACCGCUCCCCUGCACGCUGCGAGCAGCUCCUGCAGCACGUGCAGGCCCUGGCAGCCGCGCGCUGACUGAUGCCUCCGUCCUCGCCUGCUGGGCUCAUCAGCAGGACCCUCGGGCUAACUGCGACAGUGACAGCGAGAAGGCCCUUCCCGCGCGCGUGCCUCCUGGUCAGCUGGGACCAGCCUUUUAGUCCAGCCAUCUGAAGUUGCCUUCACAAUGGGGGCCGGGAGGGGGGUUGUUUGUUUCUCCAUACGGUUCACGGAGAGGCCUGCAGACAGCUGGGCACCCAGGCGACCAGAUUCAGCAACCCUGAGCCCUUCCUGGGCCCUGGACACCGCUGGACCUUGGUGGCUGGCUCUGUCUCAUGGCACACCCAGCGAGAUGUUCUUGACUAUUUUUAAAAAGCCAAGGUCAUUGUAAACUCUCAAUCGUUGGGUUCUAGUUCCUGAAACAUGCUGUCUUGAUAAGCGUGUCCGUGAAAUCUCCCGUGUUAAAUACACUGGCAUUUAAAGGAUUGUAUAGAUGUAAAUGGAUACAGUGGUUCCUAAAGUCAGUCCUGCUUAGAUAAAAGCAGCUUACACCUAACUGUAAAGGAAAAUUGUAUUUUUUCUAGCAGUUCCUACACCCCAAGUGCCUGAAAGAGUGAGUUUCAAGUGGGUCUUAUUUCCAUAAACCAGUAUUUGGAUUAACAUAAAGGAAAAAAAUGUGUUCCCAACAAAAAAAUAGUAACAUUGAUGUAUUUGUGCUUUGAAUUUUAAUUAAAAUUAUUUAUGAUUA